AUGGGUAGGGGUGGGGAUAGCAGGGGGCAGGGCAGUGGCAGUGGCAGUGGGCUGGGCAUGGGCAUGGUCAACUCAGAAGCGACAAACGCAGUCGGCGGCGGCGGCAACGUUGGCGGCAGCAGCGGCGGUGUCGUCGGCUUGGAGCCAACGUCACCAACGUCGCUGCCGCCAUACCAAGUGAAAGCGAUGGAGACCAUUUUCAUCAAAGAGGUGCACGCGAACGGACCGGCUCACCACGCCAAUCUACAAACGGGCGACCGGGUGCUAAUGGUGAACAACACGCCGAUCGCUGGCAUUGCCUACAGCACAAUUGUGUCGAUGAUCAAGCAGACGCCAUCGGUGCUAACGCUGCACGUAGUGCCCAAGGAGUGUGAUGUGCUGCAAAUGCACUACACGAGCAUUGCCCACACGCCGGAAUCGAAUCGCCUAACGAUGUCCGCACAGGCGCCACAGCCAUCGAUGGGCGCUGGCCACACGACACAUUCGCCGGUGCUGCUGGCAAAUGCCGGCGGUGCCGCCGGCAUCAAGUCAACAUUUCCACAGCAACAGUUGAUCUCAUAUCCCGCUGUUGCCGCCAAUACAUCCUCGACAGCAUCCUCUGUUUCGCCAGCGACACCGCUGCACGGCGGCAGUCGCUCCGGCAGCAUCACCAGCAAUGCCAGCGGCAGUGGACUGCCCACCAACAAUAGUGUGAUGUCUGCCUCGUCGUCCGCCUCAGGCAGCGCCUCCUCCACAUCCAACGGCAACGCAGCGCAGUCACUGCCGCAAAAGCAACAAGCGGCGCAGCACUUUUUUCCCUCGCAGACGCCACCAGGAGGAGGCGGCAACGUUGCACCGCGCGUGCGCCACCAAGUGCUGCACAAACAGCAACAGCAGCAGCAGCAGCAGCAGCAGCAUCACCUCCAUCACCACCUCCAGCAGCAGCAGCAGCAAGUUGUGCUCGGCUACGACAUGUACAAUAGCUAUACGAGCAGCAAGCUGGCGCCUCGGUCCUUGGGUGCAAUGCCGGCGCAGCCACGACAGGUGGCUGUUAGCGUUGCGAACAACAAUGCCAAGUACGGCAAUGAGUUAGACUACUUUGAGACGCUGCAAGAGACGGGCGUGACCAACAAGGUAUUCGAGCGCAAACUGGUCACGCACAUGUCGAAGGGUUUUGAUCCAUUUAAGCCGCUGUCAAUCAAUACCAACGCCAGUGGCGCCUCCGAAUCGAGCAGCGCCGCCUCCGUUGCGUUAGCCAAAAAGCAAAGCGUCCUAUACGAGUCACUGCAACAGCAUCCGCUGCACCAGAUGCACGCCAAGUUCCAGCAGAGCAGCAGCUCUGUCGGCACCAGCGCCGUCGAUGGCCAGAACACCAGCCGCAUGGAGCUGCACAAGGCGACGGUAGCGAACGCCACCUUCGAGUCCACGCCAAGCAAGUUCAGCAGUGUUCCGGAGCACCAGCAGCCCAGCAGUAGUUCCUCGCAUACGGUUGCCACCUUGGCGGACAUUGCUGAGAGCAGCGCCGCGGCCAUUGUGGACGCGGCCACAGUGUCGGCGAAUGUGGUGCGGCGGUACAAGCCGCUCUCGUCCAGCUCAUUUGACGAGGGCAAGCCGGUGCGCCGAAUCUCGUAUCUGCGUGCCACCAACAACGAGGCGGAAUACCAUGCUGAGCCGGCAGCGGACAGCGGAGCUGCUGCCGCGGCAGCCGCAGCAGCGUCCGUCGUGGAGCCACACAAGACAAAGGCCCUGGUGGAGGAGCAUCCAGACCCAACAUACGAUGUGAUCGGCACUACCGGCGCCGGGCACGAGUUCAUUGAGACACCCAACGGCCUGGAGGACGUGCGCCUGAGUACACACCAUGGCAAUCGUCGGGCCUCGAUCAGCAGCGACAUGCGCAGCAGCAUCCACAUCGAUGCCGAGCUGAACGGCAAGUACGUGCCCAACGAGCUGGAAGCCUUCGAAACGGAGAUCGAGAUCAAGUCCUCCUGCAUCAAUGGCAAGCGCAUGUCGGAGUAUCGAUCAUGGCGUCAGGUGAAACUGGAGAUCAAGGGCGACAUUCUGCGCAUUUACUCUGGUCGCCAUACCAAGUCGGAGCAUAAUGUGAUAGAGCUUGAUAUUAGAAAUUUUAAAUUCUUUGACGAGUCGCUGGACAAAAAGAAGUUCUUGAUACGCAUGCAGUCCAAGCCGAGCGCCACCGGCGCCCACUUGGCCACAUUGGGCAACGAGCUCAAUUUGGAUGAUGCGCACGAUAAGCUGACGUCGUCGGGCAGCAGCAGCGCCGCUGAGCCGCAAACACCGGCGUCGACGGCUCCCUCCUGCGGUCCCUACACCGAAAUUCUUUUCAAGACCAAAAACAGCAACGAGAUGAAGCGUCUCUUUGGCCUGCUGCAGUGGAAGGAUAGUCUGAACUAUGAUGAUAUUGAGCAGCCGGCGGGCAAACAGCUGGCGGAGCCACAGAAAACAGCAGCCACGUCCAGCUAUCUGGACGACGUGGCCGGCGCUGCGGACAGCUCGCCGUUGAGCUCACACUCGAGCGGGGCCCUGAUGGAGGGACCUGUGGCGGCGACAAUAGCGGCAGCUGCCGUCACCAAUGACGCCAUCUCGCCCGUGAUGAAGCUGCGCAAGCCCUCCUCGCACAAGAAUGUACCAGAGAAGGAUUUGGGCUCGCCCAAGUCGAAGAACUGGAAGGACUUGCUCUUCCGACGAGGAGGCGGCAGUGGCGGCGGCGUAUCCCAUGCCGACCUGGCCUCACCCUCGGGCUGUGCCAACAAGACAGGCGGCUCCAUUGGGCUGCCCCUGCGCGCCUGUCCCAUGUCCAAGAAUAAUGCAUACGUGCCGCAUCUGGUGGAGGUGUGCACCAACAUUGUGGAAACCAAAGGUCUGGGCGUGGUGGGCAUCUAUCGCAUACCGGGCAACAAGGCGGCCAUCUCUGAGCUGUCCGAGCUGGUUAACACUAAGGACUUUCAGUUCGAGAGCUGCGCCACCGACGUCCGGUGGGAGGAUGUCAAUGUGGUUAGCAGCUUGCUGAAGCUGUUCAUACGCAGCCUGCCGGAUGCACUGAUGCCCGCCAGUUUCUACAUCAACUUCAUUGAGGCGGACAAGAAGACGGGCAUGGAGCGGAUAAUGCUGCUCAAGGAUAUUGUGGAGCUGUUGCCCCGCCAUCCGUACGAGACAAUGAAGCAUCUGAUCCGGCACCUUUGCCGCGUCAGCGACAACUGCGAGGUGAAUCGCAUGGAACCGAAGAAUCUGGCCAUUAUCUUUGGCCCAUCCAUUAUACGAACACCGAACGACACCCUGGAGACGGCUGUCAAGGACAUGAAGCAUCAGUGUCGCAUUGUCGAGCUGCUUGUCACGCAGUACGAGUUUUUCUUUGAGGGCGGCAGCCUGCCGGACUUGGCGGAGCUGAGCGGCGGUGCGGCCGCGCCGAGCCCUGCACAGCCACAGCAGACGCAGGAGGACCAAACGAGCAUGCUGCUGCACAACCUGUCCAAGAUUGAGCGCAUCACAGAGCGCGAGACGCGCUCCUCACGUUUCAUUCCGCAGCUGCGUAGGCGAACCCACGGCAAGCGCAGCGCCGUCAGCUCGGACACGUACUCGGGCGAGAGUGUUCUGUCGCUGGACUACGCCAAGGUAUCAGCGAGCAGCACCACCAGCACCAGCAGCAGCUCCACGCUGCACAGCAGCAAGACCAGCACCACCAGCAAGCUGCUCAGCUCGGCGAUGGGCUCGUCCGCCUUCACGUCGUCGUCGAGCUCAGCGAAAGCGGCGGCAGCGAGCACCAAGAAGCGCAGCACCGGCGGCUUCCUCUCCAGCUCCAGUUCGCGCAGCGGCCAGACACGCAAGGCCAGCCUCGACGAGAAGGAUCUGGCCAGCGUGGACUCGGCCAGCAGCAUAGGCAAGCACGACCAACAGCAGCGCAGCAGCGUGGACAUAUCCAUACAGCUCACCGACGACGAUUCCAGCAGCCGGCUGAGCGAUACGGGUUCGAUGUCGCUGACCACCAUCACGGACACGCUGGACAGCAAGCUGCGCAAUCUGCGCAGUGGCUCGGAGUCGAAUGAUGAGAACGGCUCGCCGGAGUUUCCAAAAAAUCGACGACACACGCUCGGGCAGCCGCUGCACUUGCACUCCGAGAACAUUCCGUAUGCGGACGAGUCGCCGGAGCGACUGUUCCAUAACUUCUGCGCCCUGGACGCGCCGCACUCGCUGCUGCUGAGCCGCUCGUGCACGGCCACCAACACGCUGGGCGAGGCCAAGGACGAGAAGCAUCUGCAGCUGAUGCUGAAGCCGACGGUGGCGCCGCUGCCGGCCAGCCUGCUGAAGGCGGCGCACAAGCUGCAGCACUCGGCCACGGCGCCCAUCCAUCAGGGCAGCUCAACGGCGCCGGCUAGUGGCGCCGCCACGCCCACCGCCGGCACUGGCUCAAGCAGCGCCUCCACACCGCUGGCUGGCACGCCCAGCUCGCAGACGGGCAACGCGGGCAACGCGGGCAGCGCGGUGCAACGCAACUCGUACGGCAGCAAGAACUUGCGGUUCAGCAGCUCGCUGGCCUACGAGCAACGGGGCGGCGCUGGUGGCGCCGGCUCCGAGGACGACUCGGAGGGCUCCACCACCAGUGACCCCAAGGAGAAGCUGCUCAUGGCCGCUCCCUCGCCAUCGUUUUUUCUCGAGCGCUACAAUAAAAAGCGACGCGAUCAUCGACUCUUUCGCAGCGCCAGCUUCAACUACUGA